CCAAUUAAAAUGAUGUAGUAAUACUAAAAAAUAAUUUUAACUAUAUAUAAAGUAUACUAAUUUCUUAGUUGUUUUAUUAAUAUUUGUUGACAUAGUCGCUUAUUAAAUUAAUUUUAAUAAGUUAUUGCUUGGCAACCAAUUAUACACGUACAGAAAGUUUGUUUUUUUGGCCGGCACAAAGUUAACAACCCGCAGCCGAUAGUCACAACAUUAUGUGAUAAAGUUAAUCUCAGUGAUAGUGCGCGAUUGCCAAGAAUAAUGCAUAAACAAAUCAAAGGCGCUACCGAAGAACGCGAGUACUUCCUGCAGGUACUACAAACCUUCCAAAGCUACAGGAGUCAAUCGCUUCUACGCAUCGAACACCGUGAAGAGUGUCUCGCCACUCUUCCCCAACACCAUAAAGAAUGGCUGGAAAAGUACAAACGUGAUUUGGAUAGCUUCAAACACGCGGUGGAGGCCAACUCAACUUUAGUUCCAAUUAUUGUGGAUCAUGCAAAGAAUAUAUUCGGAAAUAUUUACAUCAACGACACGACAACGCACUCCGAAACAAAUGUGGGCAGUCUCUCUGAGGGCUUGGAUAAAGUCCAGUCAGUUUUCAAGCAUUUAAUGAGGGACUGGAGCAAGAUGGGCGCUGAAGAACGCGGACAAUGUUACGAUCCAAUAAUUAGAGUUUUAGAGGAGGAAUUCCCGGCUGAUGUUGUUCACCGUCCAGAUAUAAACGUUUUAGUGCCUGGCGCAGGUCUCGGCAGACUUGCUUUUGAGAUUGCAUCGCGUGAAUUUAGUUGCCAAGGAAACGAAUUCAAUCUAUUCAUGCUGAUUGUUUCUUUUUAUGUUUUAAACCAUUGUAAAAAGGAGGAAGAGUUUGAGAUUUAUCCGUGGAUACAUCAGUAUUGCAACAAUCUUUCUGCGGAGAAUCAGACUAUUAGCGUACGUUUUCCCGAUGUUUUGCCAAAAUUAGAUCUUGAUAACAAAUUUUCGAUGGUCGCCGGAGAUUUUCUCGAGGUGUACACGGAUUUAGAUGAGUGGCAUUGUAUCGCCACUUGUUUUUUCAUUGAUUGUGCCGCUAAUGUUGUCCAGUUUAUUGAGACGAUUUAUCAUAUUCUGAAACCGGGUGGUGUGUGGGUGAAUCUCGGCCCGUUGCUAUAUCAUUACGCUGAUAUGAAAAACGAGAAGAGCAUCGAGCCUAGCUUUGAAAUUCUCUGCAGUGUUAUUAGGAACGUUGGUUUUAUUAUGGAAAAGAAGGAGAUUGCGUUGAAGACUAGAUAUUGUCAAAAUCCGAAAGCUAUGUUGCAGUAUGAAUAUGAAAGCGUGUUUUUCGUGUGUCGCAAACCUAUGCAGAGCAGCGCGACUAGAUUAGGCGACGAACAAUAUUUAGCGGAUGAUUCUGAACUGAAACUGACUGAAUGAGUUAAUAAGUUACCUGAUGAACAAAAAACACUUGCCUUAAACACUCGAUGAUAUUAGAUUUUAUUUUGGUUUACAGUUGCGCCAGGAAAAUGCGUCUCACGCGAAUUUGCGAGUACACAGUACGAUUGUUAAAUAAUACUAAGUUUUUAAAUAAUUAAUAAAUCUGAAAUAGGUGAA